AUGAAUAUACCAACUCCUACUGUGACCUGGGAGGAGGGACCAUUUGGUCAAAUGCAACCAAUAUGGACAUCAGAGCCUUCAGUUGAUGCCAUCAAAUCAGUCGUCCGGCAAAAUCUCGACUUGGAUCAGACUAUCGAAGUCGAUUUCCUCGCUCAGGGAGGCUUCAACAAACUCUACAGCGUCAAAAUUGGCGACACUGGCCAUGUAUAUGUCAUGCGUGUCAGCCUACCUGUCGAUCCUCACCUCAAGGUCGAAAGUGAGGCGGCGACGAUAGAGCUAGUCAGACAGCGUACAAAUAUCAACGUGCCAGGCGUCAUUGCCUUUGACUCCUCAAACCAAAACCCACUUGGGUACGAAUGGAUUCUCAUGAAAUUCAUGAAGGGUCAGGUUCUUGAGACGGCGUGGAAGGCCAUGACUUGGGGGAACAAAGAAGAACUAGUCAAAACGGUUGCGCGAUCUCUAGCGGAACUGUUCGAGCAGAGUUUCAAGGGCAUUGGCAAUAUCUACUUCGCUAAAGGUGGCACUGCCCCUCGAGUCGGGAUGCUACCAUCGGUGGAGAACCAAAUGUUCAAUCACACUCUUCGGGUUAUGAUUUUGGUGAAAUGGUGUCAAUGGCGCUCUUCUGGAACAACCGUCAAAAACAUAAGUUUCAAAUAUGGAGCAGUCAAGUUUGAUGGUGGGUUCAACUUCGAUCAAGACCAAGCGGAGGGGCUGACGUCAAGCCCUGAUGGGCUACCACCCCUAUCAACAAAACCGGAGUCGAUUUCAGGACAUGAUGACGAGGAGAUUGAGGAUGCAAAAAGUGUUGUCAGGCUCGCUGAGAAACUCAUUGAAUCAAUCCCACUCUUUUUCUCCAACGCAAGCACGGAGGAGGCUGAAGUGACAUAUCUCUACCACGACGAUGUAAACCGGCACAACAUUCUAGCAGACCCAGGCGAACAAGGCGUGCUCACCGCCAUACUAGACUGGGAAUGUGUUUCAACUGUUCCCCUGUGGAAAGCUUGUCAGUAUCCCCUUUUUCUGCAAGGACAGCCGCGGCAUGACGAAUACUUCUGGCCGGAAGCAGAGCAAGUCGCAAGCGGAGAAGAAGUUGAACAAGUCUUGUAUGGGGCACACAUUUUGGAGUAUGAGCAGACAAAGCUGAGGCGAAUCUUCGAAGAAGAAAUGACGAAAGUGGUACCAGAGUGGUCCGAAGUGCGCCAGAAAUCUAUUCGACAAGCCGAUUUUGCUUUGGCGGUCAAUUGGUGCGAUGGCCCAUUUACCCAUAGACGAGUCAAGGUUUGGUUAGAGAGAACUUUGGCAGGCAAGAAAGAGUACCAGCGGCUGGAGGAGGUGAAUCUCUUUGAAGAGAGUUGA